AUGAGGCAAAGGUUUUGGCCGGUUCGCGGUCGUGAAUUGGCACGUAAAAUUGUACGACAGUGUGUAACCUGUUUCAGAUGCUCUCCCAAACCAACUGAGCAGUAUAUGGCACCUCUUCCGUCAGUACGAGUAACUCCGGCACGAGUUUUCUCAAAUAGUGGCUUGGACUACUGCGGGCCGUUCAGUAUUCGUCCGUUAUACGGGAGAGGAGCAAACGUUAAGAUGUACGUCGCCGUGUUCGUAUGUAUGGUGGUGAAGGCGAUCCAUUUGGAAAUCGUGAGCGAUCUUUCGUCCGUCGCGUGCAUUAAUGCGGUAAAACGAUUCGUCGCGCGGCGCGGUCGGUUAAUCAAUCUCUAUUGCGACAACUCUACGGCAUUUGUCGGUGCAGAUCGAGAACUGAAGCAACUUCGUCGCCAAUACAUCGAUCAGUUCGGCACCGAGAAAUGGAAUAACUAUUGUCUGGAGGAAGGAAUAUCUUUCCAUUUCAUACCUCCGAGGUCUCCCCACCACGGUGGAUUAUGGGAGGCUGGGGUCAAAUCCUUCAAAUACCACCUUCGACGAAUCCUGGGAAGUAGAGCCUUUACUCUUGAAGAAAUGUCUACAGCGGUUGCCCAAAUUGAACGCAUAUUGAACUCCCGCCCACUGUGUCCUCUGUCCAACCAUCCUCAAGAUCUUUUGAGUUUAACUCCAGGGCACUUUUUGGUUGGGGAACCGCUGUAUUCCAUCCCUGAACCCGAUUACACCGAACAGCAGACUAACAGGCUCAAACGUUUCCAGGAAAUGACGCGUGGCAUCCAAGACUUCUGGAAGCGUUGGUCGCGCGAAUAUACUAGUGAACUUCAUCAACGUUCUAAGUGGCAAGUCGUCCGUGAUGAGGUGAAAUUGGGAUCCCUGGUCCUACUAAAGCAAGAAAACUUGCCACCACUUGCUUGGAACCUCGGUCGCGUAGUGGCAGUAUUUCCCGGUGCAGAUCAACAUGUACGUGUCGUCGAGGUACGCACAGCGAAGGGGCUGUACAAGCGAGCAAUAACGGAAGUCUACUUGCUCCUAAUCGAAAACGACUUGAAGAAACCGGAUUUACCAAUCGAAUCUGUAUCGAAAACUGUGGCUGAGGAAGAUGGUUGA